AUGUCUCUACCUACUUUCGGCCGCGAGUAUCGCCUGCCUACAGCCAGCGGCGUAGACAGUCUCAGGCUCACCACGGGCCCUGUUGAUGCGCCCAAGGCGUUCGAGGUCCUCGUCAAGGUCCACGCCGUCUCCCUCAAUUACCGCGACCUCAUAGUCGCCAAGGGCAUCCACAGGCUUGGUCAAAAGAGUAACCUGAUCCCAUGCUCCGACAUGGCGGGAGAGAUCAUCGCCCUUGGCGAGGACGUCAAGGAUUGGUCCGUCGGUGAUCGCGUGUGCGCGAACUUUGCGGUGGACCAUGUAUUUGGAGUCAUGUCCCCCGAACUGAGAGGGUCUGCUUUGGGUGGGCCGAUCGACGGCGUGCUGGCAGAGUAUAAGGUCCUGCCUGCACAUUCAUUGGUUCACGUCCCUGCACACCUCUCCUAUGAAGAAGCGUCUGCCCUGCCGUGCGCAGGCGUCACUGCGUACAACGCUCUUAUGGGGCCCGUGCCCCUCAAAGGCGGGGACUAUGUUCUCGUCGAAGGUACUGGAGGAGUGUCCAUCUUUGGCCUCCAACUGGCGGUGUCGUCCGGAGCGACUGUCAUAGCGACUUCGUCCUCAGAUAGCAAGCUCCAGAUCGCUGCGAAACUUGGUGCGAAGCACUUGAUCAACUACAAGACAACACCCGGGUGGGAAGAGGGAGUUUUGAAGAUUACAGGCGGCAGGGGCGUGGACCACGUAAUCGAGGUCGGUGGUCCGUCUACUCUCACGAAGGCAGUCAGGAGCGUGUGUUCUGGCGGGUGGAUCCACAUUAUCGGCUACAUCGGUGGUCCGAACGGAGAUAUCUCAAGUUUGCCAACGGAAGUCUUGAAUAAAGCCGCCUUUGUGCGAGGUGUCCUGGUCGGUCCGCGGACGCAAUUUGAAGCGAUGAACCAGCUCUUGAGCGCAACGGAAUUGAGGCCAGUUAUCGACAAGGUUUUCCCAUUUGAGGAUGCCCGGGCGGCGUACGAGUACCUAGCCACUCAGCAGCAUGUGGGGAAGGUCGUCAUCACAGUGUUCACCGAGUGA